CCCAGGGGCUGGGGGCGUGGGGGCGUGGGCCGAGGGGUCCCUGCGCCGCUCGGGAGUCCGGCGGGGGCGGCGGUGAUAGCCCCGCGGACACUGGAGGGACCCCCCCAGGCGUCUGCGGCGUCUGCGGAGUUGAAAGGACGGCGGGCGGGGGCGUCUCUUACUAAGGGACCCAGGGUCCCGCGCGGAAACAAGGGCUUUCGGGCUCGUAGGCCCGCAGGUGUCCAGCCCCAGCGUUAAGCUGGCUGCGCCGUCGCGCGGCCGCAGGUGGGGAGUGCGCGUGCGUGACGUGUGCGCUGGGCCCACGGGGAGGGGGUGGGGCUGGGAAGGAGUGAGUGCGCGUGCGCGCGUGCGUGCGCGCUUGGCGUUGUGACGUGUACGCGUGCGUCGUAUGUGCGCCGGGCGUACUAGGAGGGGUGCGGUUGUAGGGGAACCAGGCAGGGCGUCUGAUGUGACUGAAUUGCUCUGACUGAAUAGUCUACCUGAGACUUCGUCUCCUUACCUGUAAAGUGUGGAUGUCAGUAAUACUUACUGCGUGGCAUUGUUCUGAGCACUCAGAUUUUGUUAGCUGCUGUUGUAUUUGUUUGUUACGUAUAUAAUACAUGCGGCUGGAGCUUGGACAAGUCUCUGGGGCCUUCAUUGCUCAGUUAACUCAUUUGUGCAAUAGAAGAGGGAAGAGGCUGGGCUAGCUAGCCACCAAGGCCCUUUCCUGGCUCUGACAUUCCCCAGGUCCCCAGUUAUUAUUUAUUAUGUAUUCAUUUGUUAUUUGUUAUGUAUAAGCAUGACAGUAUCCUGAAGCCAUCGAAGGCUGUGUGACGGUGGAAGGUCUGGGACAAAUUUAAGAAGAGCGAGGUGAGCUGGAGCUGAGAGGGGUGGGCACGCAGGCGACACAGGAAAUGUCACUUCUUUGGAGAGUUUGUGAGGGCAUGGUCGGGAAUGAAAGGCUCACCAGCUAUAACGAAGGCAAAUCUGUCAUCACCCCUCCCUGAACACCGCCUCCUCCCCUCAUUUUCCGUUCACUAUUUCCCCUUGUUGAUGGCAUCUAGAAAGAUGCGGAGGUUCCCGCUCUCCUGGCCUCGUAGACGCACGGGAUGGUAGUGCAGGCAAGGUUUUUUUUUUUUUUUUUUGAGGUUAUCUGUUCUGACCUUAUUUGAAAAACGAAAAAAAAGAUUUUAAGUCUGAGGUGACUGACCGAGAUCAUGCAGUUUGUUAGUGGCAGAACCAUGGUUAAAAGUAAGGUCUGCGAAUUCCCAGGCCACUGCCCAUUUUGUCACUGUUAAGUCAAAGAUAGCUUCUUAUUAAAAGACAUUUUGAAAGUUGUAAGAAGGUUAGAACAAGCGUGAAACAUUUUUUUAUCUUGCCUUAAACACCCCCAUCUCUUUUUUUCAGAGGUUUCUUGGAUAAUCUAACCUCAAGGGAUUAAUGGUGUUAAGAGGAAAACAGAUUAACAAUGUGGCUUGAGGUUUUUAAUUUUUCCGUACCACAUCAGUUCUGACAAAUCCAUAGUGUUUCCUCCUUUAGGUUACUGUUAAAUGUUAAACUCAUCUUCUCAUGUUUUUAAUUUUUCUGUGUCACAGAACCUAAAUUGGUAAUAAAUCAAUAAGAAACAAAUGUUUACAUUCACUCAGUGAAAAGUAUCAUGUCUAAGCUCAACAUAUAUCGGAGCCACACAUGGACACCUCUCCCUCCUUCAGUAAGAGCCGAAAAUGAACAGAUCCCAGGAACAAGUGUCAUUCAAAGAUGUAUGUGUGGACUUCACUCAGGAAGAGUGGUAUCUGCUGGAUCCUGCUCAGAAGAUACUAUACAGAGAUGUGAUUCUAGAAAAUUACAGCCAUUUUGUCUCAGUAGGAUAUUGCAUUACUAAGCCAGAAGUGGUCUUCAAGAUAGAACAAGGAGAAGAGCCCUGGAUAUUAGAGGCAGGAUUCCCAAGCCACUGCAACCAAGACUGGAAAGUUGAUGACCUGAUAGACCGCAGCCAGGACAAUGAAGAUGAACAUUUUUGGCAACUUGCUUUCACCACCAACAAAACAUUAAAUAUAGAUAGUGGUGAUAGAGUAACAAAAGCUUUCAAUCUGGGCACAGAUUCUGUUCCUUCAAGAAAUUUUCCAUAUAAGAUAUGUGACUCGUGUGAAAUGAGUUUGAAAAAUAUUUCAGGCUUAAUUAUUAGUAGAAAGAGCUAUUCUGGAAAGAAGCCUGAUGAGUUUAAUGUAUAUGAGAAAUUGCUCCUUGAUAUUAAGCAUGAAAAAACUCCUGGAGGGAAAUCUUACAAAUAUAAUCAGAAAAGGAAUGUGCUUAAUCAUAGCCAUGAUCUCAGUCAGCCAAUUUUUGACCAGCCUUCUGAGUAUAAUGAAAAUGGACAAGCCUUCUGUGAGGAAGCGGCCUUUUUCACAAACAAGAAAAUACAGAUAGGAGAGACGCUCUGUAAAUAUAAUGCAUGUGGAAGAACCUUCAUCCACAGUUUAGAACUCAGUUUAUCUCAGAGAACUCAUCUGGAGAUGGAGCCAUAUGAAUGUAAUAUUUGUGGGAAGUCCUUCUAUACAGAUUUAAGAUUGGGACAUCAGAGAACUCUUACAGGAGAGACUCCUUAUGAAUACGACGCAUAUGGGCAAACCUUCUGUGAUAACUCAACUUUCAUUAUCCAUCAGGGAACCUAUGCAAGAAAGAUUCCCCACGAAUACAAAGUGGGUCCUAAAAUGUGGGAAAAGUCAACCGUCUUUAAACAUCAGAUAGUACACAUGGGCAAAAAACCUUAUGAGCACAAUGAAAAUGGAAGUAACUUCACCAAGAAGUCACAUCUCACCCAACUUCGAAGAGGUCACUCAGGAGAAAAAACCUUUGAAUGUGGUGAAUGUGGGAAAACAUUCUGGGAGAAGUCAAACCUCACUCAACAUCAAAGAACACACACAGGAGAGAAACCCUAUGAAUGUACCGAAUGUGGGAAAUCCUUUUGUCAGAAACCACACCUUACGAACCAUCAGCGAACACAUACGGGAGAAAAACCCUAUGAAUGUAAGCAAUGUGGAAAAACAUUCUGUGUAAAGUCAAACCUCACAGAACAUCAGAGAACACACACAGGGGAGAAACCAUACGAAUGUAAUACAUGUGGGAAAUCCUUCUGCCACAGGUCAGCCCUAACUGUCCAUCAGAGAACACACACAGGAGAGAAACCCUUUAUGUGUAAUGAAUGUGGGAAGUCCUUCUGUGUGAAGUCAAACCUCAUUGUACAUCAACGAACUCACACAGGGGAGAAACCCUAUAAAUGUAACGAGUGUGGGAAAACCUUCUGUGAAAAAUCAGCUCUCACUAAACAUCAGAGAACUCACACAGGGGAGAAGCCCUAUGAGUGUGAUGGAUGUGGGAAGACCUUCAGUCAGAGGUCGGUACUCACAAAACAUCAGAGAAUUCACACAAGGGUGAAAGCUCUUUCAACAUCCUGAUGUCCAGAAGCCUUUACCCGCCCUUUCAGAUUCUUACACCAUUUUAAAAAAUGAGACGAUUGAAGCCCAAAGAAUGCCUCAUGUUAUUAGAAAGUGAUGUCUUGUCAUACUUCAAAUAAUUAAUACUAGCACAAAACCUUACUGAUAUUUUGAAUACAUGAAAGCUCUCAAGAAAAACUGAAACUUUUCAUCAGAAAAUUUAUAUUGAGGGGAAAUUUAUUCACUUAAGGAAUGUGGUAGAAAUCUUUGUCUAGAAUUUAUGUUGUGUCAUAUUCCAGAUGUGAUACCAAAUUUUUUGUAAAUAUAGUGGAUGGUAUUCAUUCAUAUCCAUAUUCACAGUGGAAUCUGAAGCUUAAAAAAAGAUGAAUCACAACAACAUUAAACAUUUUUGAAGAGUCCCUGAUGUUUGCAGGCCAGAUGUGGGUAUAAUAAUAUAGCAGAAAUUAAAGGUAUGCUUGAUUUGCAUAUUGGAGUCCAACAACUUGUGAGGAGACAAUAUUCCCUAAUUAAAUAACUACUAUGGUCUGUACUAGUAUCUCCCACACUAAAUACCACCAGUGUCUUUAUGGGUUGACAUAAUUAUAUAUGUAUAUAUAUGUGUAUGUAAAUAUAUUUAUACACACAUACCCACAGGUAUGCAGUGGUGUGUUAGAGUAAGCUCACACUGGCUUGCACCUGCUGAUGGUUAAAUUUUCAGGAAUUUUGUGAGCCAGUUCUUAAACAUAGUCAUUAUUUAAAAAUUAAAUUAUAUUAAAACAAAGGUAAUAAAUACUCAGCACUCAUCACUUCCUAAUUAUUUGAUAACAUUUUGCUCUUUGUUCUUUCGGUCACUUACAUUAUCGAGUUGCAUGGUAAAAAUACUGUCUAAUGUGCUUCUGCACAUCUCUUCCCACCUCUGCACUCAGUGUUGUCCUGUAGGUGGCUUGGCUUUAGUGGGAGCAUUUAUGCCCUGGAAAUUGGCAAACUCUACAAACGGGGGUUUUAUUUUCUCAGUGAACCUGUUGUCAAAUACUUCCCCCCAGCACACCAUUGUGUAUAUAUGAAAAUAUAUCUGGACAAUUUAAAGUACAAACAACAUACCCCCCUCCCAUAUCCUGACAUAAAUAAAUGACUAUGGCCAUUACUGCUGAACUGCCUCAUCAAUAAAGAACCCCAAAUUUGUUUUUGUGAGGUUUUUUAACUACCUCUGCAUCCAGUCUUACUUGUAAAUACUACCUGAGUCUCUUUGUCGUUUGGCCAGUAUACUUUAUUUUACAACCACAUCACCAACUUUCCCUCUGACGUUGCUGGCAAAUAGGAAUUAGUAUGGCCAUUGUUACUGAUCUACUACUACUUCCCAAAGAAGCCAAAUGAUAUUUUUCUGAGGUUUUUCAGCUGCCUCUGGGUCAGUCUAUAAUGUUGUAAGUGAUGUUAAUAACAGUGGGAUUUACAUGAAUUUUUCAAAGGUUAACAUCAUUUAUGAACAGGAAUACCCAUUGCACUCCACAAAUAAAAAGUGAUGGUAUAUACUCGAAUGCCACUUUCUUACUCUUAGUAUUUCAUUAUUGUAUCUAUUUAGGCAUGAUCUGUAUGUGACCCAGGAACUCUGUAUUUGUAUUUAAAAUAAUAGGGUGUCAUGCACUGUCCCUGCCUCCUUUGUCCUACUGUUUUCCCACACCUCCUUGGAACACACUGAUUAGCAGUUCCAAGAGACACUGCACACCCACUACCCUGCUUCUUACGUGCUGGGCUCUGUUUUAUCUCUUUUCAUUCUUCCCCCAGAUGAUUUAGGAGUAAAUCCAGAUUAAUUUAAGUUAAUCGUGGAGAUGCUAUUCUAAUGAUUUUGUUGAGGUGUUUGGGAAAUAUUCUGCGGUACUUCUGGGAAACAUCUCAGUGAUAAACUAUUGUCAUGACAUGAGAAGACACAAGGAGAGAUUGUCUCUCUUAUGCUGGACUUUUUCCUGUUUGUAUGUUAUACCAAAUUAUAGCUCGUGGCCCUGAAGGGCAAUAUCCUGAAGAUAACAGUAGACAAAAUGGGAAAAGCCUGGCUCAGAGGCGAUGUCAUUGAGCUGCACAGCUCCAUCUGGACCUGUUUUCGGCUAGGACUUUCUGUUACUGCGGUGAUAGUGGUUGCUUAUCUGUUACUUCUAGCUGAAGGCAUUUCAGCUGGUACAGAUGAGUACUUAGUUCUAAGUGUUCAUGUUCUAUACAGUGAUUUGGGGGAAGAAUGAUUUCUUUUGACAAGUUAAUAUGUGGAUAGCUAUUUGUAUCAGCCCUGCUUCUAAUGACAAACAGAACUCUGCCCCCACCAAGAGGAUUGUAAUGGUAGACGUAGUACAGUGGUGUGGGCCAGAAACAAGGGAUACUGAAACACCUAGAGACUAGCAUCACCCAGAAGCCAUGACCAUUCUAAGUCGUAAAAGGGGCAAAGGAUGGAAACUAGUGUCACAAAAGCCCAGUGGGAGCUGCUCUCAUGGAGGAGAAACCAUCUCCUAGGAGAUACUGUCCCUACCAGAAUUGUGGCACCGAAUUGCUGGUGGAGGACCCAACCAGAUGCGAUCUGCAGGUUAGCCCAGGUGGGCACAGAGAAAGUGGAGAGAAGGUCUGGGUGGAGCCAAUGGAUUCUAAGCAGCACAGUGUUUUUUUUAUUUCUGUAAAUUCCUAUGUAAAGUCUCAGUAUUAGAAAUAAACUUAUUCUACUAGUUGAAAGCUAACUAUUUCUACUUCAUUGUGCUUUUGUAUCGCCAUAAGUAGAUUCCUUUUGGAACUGAGCACUGUGGCAGGUAUGUCUCUGUUGACAUGCAUGAAGCAGACAUUAUGUUAAAUGACAUUAUUCAUAUAUCUUUCUGUGGUGUUUCUUGUUAUAUGUGUUAUGAGAUAAGCAGCUCUGUAUCCUUCCAAAUAAACAGCCGGUUGUCCCUGCA